AUGAGUUCACGAAGAUCAAGUGUAGAGGAAGCAAGAAGGCUCCAGCGGAGAAGAACAGUGCACGAGGAACAGGCCGAGGUGCAAGCGGAAACCGUUGAGGCUGGCCUCCCCGAGGGCUUCAGAACUUCGGAGAAAGAGAGGGAGAAACGGCCGUUGGUGGUUCAGAAAUACCGCAAGUACUUGCCUAUUAUCUUGAACAUUGUCCAUGGAGCAGUGUGGGGGGUUCUUGCGCGGAAGGGACUCAUGAACUUGACCACUUACUCCGGGUCCUAUCUUUCUGGGGUGAUUUGGGCGAACUUCACGGCGUGCUUGGUUAUGGGGCUAAGUAUAGAGGGCGACGGGUUGUGGCUCUUUUUGUUGGAGCACGAAGUGUAUUCAAACAAGGGGAGCAUACCGGUUUACACCGGUAUCACCACGGGGUUCUGCGGCACAUUGUCGUCUUUCUCCACCGUGAUACUCGACUUGUUCAACAGGUGUGCCAACACGGUGCCAGGAAGCGAUUACCACCCGCCAAAUGCAGGCUAUGGAGUUAUGAAUUUUUUGGCUGUCGUGUUGGCCGAGUUUGGGUUGUCAAUAAUGGGGUUCCACAUGGGUAAACAGUUUGCGCAAGUGAUUGACCACGUCACUCCCUCCUUAACAUUAAAACAGCACAAGAUACUUGAAACGGCCUCCAUGGUUGUUGCCGUUUGCUUGGUCAUCAUCACAUGUGUCUUGUUGGGGACCAAACCGCAGGGACGCUGGAGAAGCUGGACUUUUUCCAUGUUUUUUGCUCCGUUUGGCGCCAUCUUGCGUUUUUACUUGUCAAAGUACUUGAACUCAAAGAUUACUCAGUUCCCACUAGGCACAUUCUCCGCCAACCUACUAGGAACCUUGCUUUUGGCGAUCUUUACCCUCAUCGGGAGAGGUAAACUAAAGUCCGGCGGCCAAAUUUCCACCCAUAUAAUGGGGUGCCAUGUGUUGACUGGACUAAACGAUGGAUUCUGCGGAGCUUUAACUACUGUCAGCACUUUUGUUGCCGAGUUGUUUGGGCUAAAGACGUUGGAUAGUUAUAGGUAUGGAACUGCCUCGGUUAUGGCGAGUUUUGCAAUCAUGGUCUUGGUGCUUGGCUCCUACAACUGGACCAUUGGCUUGACCGAAGCCGUUUGCUGA